AUGAAGCUGACCGUUCUGGAGAAGCUCUUCAGCGAGAACCCCUCUCUGGAUGACAUCAUCCGGGACACCAUCGACAAGCGCAAGAAUGAGGACGCCUUCUACGUGUGCGACGUGAAUGACAUCCUCCGCAAGCACAAGACCUGGCUCCUCAAGCUGCCCCGCGUUCGGCCCUUCUACGCCGUCAAGUGCAACUCGUCGCCCAUCGUCCUCGAGAUCCUCGCCUCGCUGGGCAUUGGAUUCGACUGCGCCUCUAAGACUGAAAUCGACACGAUGCUCGACCUAGGCGUCGCUCCCGAUGAUAUCAUCUACGCGAACCCCUGCAAGACCAAGUCGUACAUCUCGCACGCCGCCUCGAUGGGCAUCGACUACAUGACCUUCGACAAUGAACUGGAGCUGUACAAGAUCCGCCAGAUGCACCCCAACUCCAAGAUGGUCAUUCGCAUUCGCGUCGACGACAGCCACUCUGUCUGCCGACUGGGCCUCAAAUUCGGCGCCGACAUGGCCCGAGUGCCCUUCCUCCUGCAGGUGGCCAAGAAGAUCGGCGUGAACGUCGUCGGCUGCAGCUUCCACGUGGGCAGCGGCUGCGAGAGCGUCGAGGCGUACAAGAGCGCCCUCGCUAACGCCAAGUUCGUCUUUGAGCUCGGUCAGAAGAUGGGCUUCAACAUGAACCUCCUCGAUAUCGGCGGAGGAUUUCCUGGUACUUCGAACGCUGCCAUUUCCUUUGACGAGACCGCCAGUGCAAUCAACGAGGCGCUGGAGCUGCACUUUCCUGAGUAUGAUGCCGACGGCUGCAAGAGCAAGGUGCAGAUUAUCGCUGAACCGGGUCGCUACUACGUUGCCUCUGCCUUCACUCUGGUGACCAAUAUCAUCGCCAAGCGCAUCGUCCCGCUGGAGGACGGCAGCAACACUCUGGCCAGCAUGUACUACCUGAACGACGGCGUCUACGGCUCCUUCAACUGCACCAUCUUCGACCACUGGAAGGUGACACCGGUGCCCUUUCCCAUGCACGGCGACUUCAACGCCCGCCAGUGCCGCCUGUCCACCAUCUGGGGCCCGACCUGCGACAGCAUGGACUGCAUCAUUCAGAAUGUGGUUCUCCCGGAGAUGAACAUCGGCGAGUGGAUCAUCUUCCGAGAGAUGGGCGCCUACACCAUGGCCGCCGGCUCCACCUUCAACGGUUUCAAGAUGCCCAGCAUGAAGUACUACCUGCCGUCGUACACCACCGAGGUGCUGCAGACGCUGAAGAACUGGUCGCGCAUCUACCGUCUGGUCGAGGAGGCCCACAAUGAGGACUCGGUGGAGGAGGAUGACUCGCUGCUGGAGACCUUCAUUGACGAUGACCACGCCGUCGUCGUCGACAAUUACAUUCACGUCCAUUGCUAA